GCGGAGACUCCCGCGCAGUCCGUCCAGCAUUCGGCCCGCGUCGAGUCGGGCUCACCUUCCCGUCUCCAGCCGCUGCGCAACCAUGCACCUGAGCGCGCACGACUCGUGCCAUUCCGUGGUCCUACUUUGCAUCCUCCUGAGGAGUUGCCAGGCCUUCAAGAACGACGCCACGGAGCUGCUGUCCUCGCACGCGAGCGCGCCGGUGCCGGAGGUCCAGAGCAACGUGUCCCUGAACCGCGCGCGCACCGGCGGGAGAGGAGUGGGCGGCGCGGGGAACGACAGAGGCGAACGGAGCCAAAUCGGAUGCAGAGAGCUGAGAUCCACUAAGUACAUCUCCGAUGGCCACUGCACCAGCAUCAACCCCAUCAAGGAGCUGGUGUGCGCUGGGGAGUGUCUCCCAGCUCAGAUGCUUCAAAACUGGAUCGGCGGCGCCUAUGGCAGGAAGUUCUGGAGUCGCCGGAGCAGCAACCAGGACUGGCGGUGCGUCAACGACAAAACCCGCACCCAGCGCAUCCAGCUGCAGUGCCAGGACGGCAGCACGAGAACGUACAAAAUCACCGUGGUCACCUCCUGCAGAUGCAAGAGGUACUCGAGGCAGCACAAUGAGUCGGGCAACAAGUUCGAGGAGCCGGCGGUGUCGCCGCCGCAGCUCCUGCACAAGCACAAGUCCAAGACCAAGAGGAGGCUGGGGAAGAACCGGCUGAGUGAGAACUGGCACGAGACUGAACCCUGAGAGCCGGCGGACGCGCAGACUCGCCCCGAAUCCACAUAAACCUACAGGAGUUUCGUCACGGUCAUAUUGAGACACGCCAUCCAGAGCUUGCGGUUGCGGAUUAUCUCUCAAUGUGACCGGGACUCGAUUCAUGUGAAGCUGGUUCCUCACCAUGAUGGAGAACUCCAGGAGGGCACACUAAGGACUUUCCUUGACAUUUUAAUCGGCGUGGUUGAAGAUAAUGGGAACAGACCCGGGGCGUACAGUCUGCAGAGCGUUCUGGAGCCCCGAGCCAACCCGCAUUGUCCCAGAUGUAGCCAUGUGCAUGUGUUCCUAUAUUCAUUUUAUACACGGAGGGAGACCUGCCUGUCUAGGCACCAACACCAGUACCCAACACCAAACAACUCAAAAAAAAUCUCGUGUAAAUACCUGUAAAUAUAUCAAAUUCUUACUUGUCUUUUGAAGUAUGGCCAUGUGUAUAAAAUUUUACCAUGUAAGAUUUAUGAUGUAUGAUGUAAUAUAUUUUCUGUGGCGACAUAUAACAUGAUGGGUUCUGCUUAAGUGGCAUCGGUGCGGUUGGAGUCUGGAAAAGCUUCUUCAUCAUUCAUUCUUGUAAUAACUUUAUAUGAAAUAAAUACCCCUUUUUAAAA